UCUUGACGAGAGAGGAAGGCAAGCCAAAGCCACACUCGAGUUCGACUCCAUCUGGCUGCACGCACUUGGUAGCUAGCAAGUGUUGUAAUGGCAAGGAGGGGUAAUGCCCUGGCCAUGGGGACCCUGCUGCUCGCCGCCGCCGUGGUCUGCGCGGCAGCUGCAGCAGAAGCAGAUGAUCUGUUGGUGGAGCUCCAGCUGCAGCAAGACCCGUGCCCGCAGGUGGAAGACAUCGUGCGCUCUGCCGUGCAGAAGGCGGUCCGCCGGAAUAUCCAGCUCACCGCCGGCCUCCUCCGCAUCUUCUUCCACGACUGCUUCCCGCAGGGCUGCGACGCGUCGGUCCUCCUUGCCGGCGAGCGUGACGUUCCUCCGAACGCCGGGUCGCUGCAGCCGGAGGCGCUGAAGCUGAUCGAGGACAUCCGCCGGGAGGUGCACGGCAAGUGCGGCGGGCCCAAGGUGUCGUGCGCCGACAUCCUCGCGCUCGCCACGCGGGACGCCGUCGUCGCCGCCGGCCUGCCCUUCUUCCCCAUAACCCGGGGCCGCAUGGACACCCGCACGCCCGCUCCCGACGUGCUCGGGAACCUCCCGUCGCCAUCCGACUCGGUGGGCAAUCUCCUCGACAUGUUCCGCCGCAAGGGCCUCGGCGACGACCCGCGCGUCCUGGUGGCCCUCUCCGGCGGGCACACCGUCGGCAAGACCAGCUGCGGCCUGAUCAGGGGGAACGACGAUUUCUCCAGGGCCCUGGCGGCCAACUGCUCCGCCAGCCGGAGCAGGAAGCAGAGCCUGGACGUGAUCACGCCGGACGCCUUCGACAACAGGUACUUCGUGGCGCUGAGGAACGGCAAGGGGGUGCUCGGGUCCGACCAGGGGCUGGCCGACCACCCCAGCACCAGGGACAUUGUUAGGGAUUUCGCCAACGACCAGCAGCUCUUCUUCACACAGUUCCGCGCCUCCAUGACCAAGCUCAGCCAGCUGAAAGCGCCCGCGGGUGGAAGCAGGUUCGAGAUCCGCCUCGACUGCUCCAAGCCCAACGCCCGUGUCGGAGACGAAGACGAUGCCGCCGCCGGCCAACUUGCAGCCGCGGCCUGAUAGACAUGCAUGCAUGAGAAUGCGAUGCGAUAGUUCUUGUUACUCCUCGAUCGGUUAGGUUUCCUUCAUGCGUGCACUGUAAUAAUGUCCGUGGGCGUCGUUGGCGCGGAUCACUCUGCUCGUUAUCUUUCUUUCAAAAUGUCUCUACUACUUGCAUUGUGUACUUUGAUGCAUGCCUACCUGUCCCAUCAUGGGAGCUGCGAAGAUGGUUUUAACCA